ACAAGGAGCUCUUUCUUUUUUCUUUUUUUCUUCUUUCUUUUUUUAUUUUAUCUUUUCUCUCUCACUCUCUCUACACGAAGUGCGCUCAUAGUGCUGUACGGUCACCCUUCUUUUUGUCGUUUUUCACUCUCCGGUGACCGAAAAGUUGAUUUCCGAUAACUGCUAUCAGGUAUCAUCAUGGUGAGGAAGAGAAGAACCGAAAUUCCUCAAAGUGGGGGUGAGAGUUCUGAGUCGCAGGAAACUGAUACUGGUCGGGGUGCCCAGCCCCCAGCUGAGAGGAGUGGUCCACCUCAACAGGGAGGAGGUGGAGGAGGAUACCAAGGUGGAAGGGGUUGGGGUCCCCAGUCUCAGCAAGGAGGUCGUGGAGGUGGGUAUGGUGGACGAGGCCGGGGAGGGAUGCAACAACAGCAAUAUGGUGGAGCCCCUGAGUACCAGGGCCGGGGAAGAGGGCAACCUCAGCAAGGAGGUCGAGGAUAUGGUGGUGGUCGUCCUGGAGGUGGCCGCGGAGGGCCAUCUUCAGGUGGAUUUAGACCACCAGCACCCGAGCUGCACCAAGCUACCCCAGCUCCUUAUCCAGCUGUGGUGACCACUCAGCCCACGCCAUCUGAGGCAAGUUCUUCGAUGCGACCACCAGAGCCAUCGCUAGCAACUGUAUCGCAGCAGCUGCAGCAACUAUCUGUUGAGCAAGAAGGUUCUUCUAGCCAGGCGAUUCAGCCGCUGCCAGCCUCAAGUAAAUCAGUGAGGUUCCCUCUUCGACCAGGAAAAGGUAGCACUGGCAUUAGGUGUAUUGUAAAGGCCAAUCACUUCUUUGCUGAGCUACCAGAUAAGGAUUUGCACCAAUAUGAUGUCACCAUAACACCAGAGGUCACAUCAAGGGGUGUUAAUCGAGCUGUAAUGGAACAACUGGUUAAACUGUACCGGGAAUCUCAUCUUGGAAAGCGUCUUCCUGCUUAUGAUGGACGGAAGAGUCUAUAUACUGCCGGAGCACUUCCUUUUCAGGCGAAAGAUUUCAAGAUCACCCUCAUUGACGAUGAUGAUGGAUCAGGCGGGCCAAGGAGAGAGAGAGAAUUCAAAGUUACAAUCAAAUUGGCUGCUCGUGCUGACCUGCACCACUUGGGACUUUUUUUGCGGGGACAGCAAGCUGAUGCGCCUCAGGAAGCCCUUCAAGUUCUUGAUAUAGUUCUGCGUGAAUUGCCUACUGCUAGGUAUUGUCCUGUGGGUCGAUCAUUUUAUUCCCCUGACCUAGGAAGGAGACAAUCACUUGGUGAGGGCUUGGAGAGUUGGCGUGGUUUCUAUCAAAGUAUUCGUCCUACUCAGAUGGGACUAUCGCUGAACAUUGAUAUGUCAUCCACGGCCUUCAUUGAGCCACUGCCAGUCAUUGAUUUUGUGACUCAGUUAUUAAAUCGUGACGUUUCCUCUAGACCGUUGUCUGAUUCUGAUCGUGUAAAGAUUAAAAAGGCACUAAGAGGCGUCAAAGUUGAAGUUACACACCGUGGAAAUAUGCGCAGAAAGUACCGUAUUUCUGGCUUAACAUCACAGGCAACACGGGAGCUGACUUUCCCGGUUGAUGAAAGAGGAACCCUGAAAUCUGUCGUGGAGUACUUCUACGAAACCUAUGGUUUUGUAAUUCAACACCCUCAAUGGCCUUGUCUACAAGUAGGAAAUCAACAGAGACCUAAUUAUUUGCCUAUGGAGGUCUGCAAGAUUGUUGAGGGUCAGAGGUACUCCAAAAGAUUGAACGAGAGACAGAUAACUGCAUUGUUGAAGGUGACCUGCCAGCGUCCUCAGGAAAGGGAGAAAGAUAUUAUGCAGACGGUUUAUCACAAUGCAUACCACAAUGAUCCAUAUGCAAAGGAGUUUGGUAUCAAAAUCAGUGAUAAGCUUGCUUCAGUUGAAGCUCGCAUUCUGCCUCCCCCAUGGCUUAAGUAUCAUGACACAGGCAGAGAGAAGGAUUGUCUUCCUCAAGUUGGGCAGUGGAAUAUGAUGAAUAAGAAAAUGGUCAAUGGGGGAAGAGUGAAUAAUUGGAUCUGCGUCAAUUUUUCACGAAAUGUGCAAGACAGUGUGGCUCGAGGAUUUUGCUAUGAACUUGCACAAAUGUGUCAAAUUUCUGGCAUGGACUUUGCUCUUGAGCCAUUGCUGGCUCCUGUCAGUGGUCGUCCUGAGCAUGUAGAAAGGGUUUUGAAAAAUCGAUACCAUGAAGCAAUGACCAAGCUCCGGCCCCAUAGCAAGGAACUUGACUUGCUUAUUGUGAUUCUCCCUGACAACAAUGGUUCUCUUUAUGGUGAUUUGAAGCGUAUUUGUGAGACAGAUCUUGGGCUUGUUUCCCAGUGCUGUUUGACAAAGCAUGUGUUCAAAAUGAGCAAGCAAUAUCUUGCUAAUGUGGCUUUGAAGAUAAAUGUGAAGGUUGGAGGAAGGAAUACAGUACUUGUGGAUGCAAUAUCUAGACGUAUCCCUCUAGUCAGCGACCGACCUACUAUUAUUUUUGGUGCUGAUGUUACUCAUCCUCAUCCUGGGGAGGACUCAAGCCCAUCUAUUGCAGCCGUUGUGGCUUCGCAAGAUUGGCCAGAGGUUACCAAAUAUGCUGGCCUGGUUUGUGCUCAAGCCCACCGACAAGAGCUUAUCCAAGAUUUAUAUAAAACAUGGCAGGAUCCUGUACGAGGGACAGUGUCUGGUGGCAUGAUCAAGGAGCUUCUCAUAUCCUUCCGUAGGGCAACCGGGCAGAAGCCACAGCGAAUUAUAUUCUACAGAGAUGGUGUCAGUGAAGGACAGUUUUAUCAAGUUUUGUUGUACGAGCUUGAUGCUAUUCGUAAGGCAUGUGCUUCUUUAGAGCCCAAUUACCAGCCUCCUGUGACAUUUGUUGUGGUUCAGAAGCGUCAUCACACAAGGCUGUUUGCAAAUGAUCACCGUGACCGCAAUGCUGUUGACAGGAGUGGGAAUAUAUUGCCUGGUACUGUUGUGGACUCGAAGAUCUGCCAUCCUACUGAAUUCGACUUCUAUUUGUGUAGUCACGCUGGGAUUCAGGGCACAAGCCGUCCAGCUCAUUACCAUGUACUUUGGGAUGAGAACAAGUUUACUGCUGAUGGGCUGCAGUCCCUGACAAACAAUCUUUGCUACACAUAUGCACGAUGCACGAGAUCUGUUUCCAUUGUGCCACCUGCAUACUAUGCUCAUCUUGCUGCAUUUCGAGCUCGUUUCUACAUGGAGCCAGAGACAUCAGACAGUGAAUCAAUUGCAAGUGGCAUGGCUGGUGGUCGUGGAGGUGCUGGUGGGGGUCCUCGUCCAACACGUGGACCUGGUGCUAAUGCUGCUGUGAGGCCUUUACCUGCCUUGAAGGAGAAUGUCAAGCGGGUUAUGUUCUACUGCUAGGAUCGUUGGAAAUCCCCUACUUUUGGAUGGGCAUUUAAAUUUUACUAGUUGAAACUGUUCUGUUCGGAAAGCGGGGGAGGCCGCUCUGAAGCAGAAUAUCAAGCUGGCUAUGCUCUGCUUUUUGUGUCAUCUGGCCAGUUGAUAUUUGCUUUUAAAUUGCCACUGAUCCUACCGUGAUCAGAAAGCUGCUUUUUGCUCAUGCUGUGUGUAUGGCAUCGAAUAUCAUUGAAUCUUAAAACUCUAAAUCCUCUCGAAACUGGGAUUUCAUUUUUCAUA